GCUCGAUCGUCUCAGCCUCGGGAAUCGGUCGCUGGUCUUCUCUUCUUCUUCGCGCUGUUUGUUUCUUCGCGCCUGUGCAAUUCGGCUGGAAUUAUAUCUCAAAGGCCUCUGUGACGACCCGGAUCUUAUUUACUUCGUCGAGCGACUUUCAAGCAACAUGGAUCAAGUUAAGAAGUUGACCGAACCUGGCCGCCAGUUCGCCAAAGACAGCAUCAGGCUCAUCAAAAGAUGCACUAAGCCAGAUCGCAAAGAGUUCCAAAAGAUCGCAAUUGCCACAGUCGUUGGUUUCUGCGUGAUGGGCUUCAUAGGAUUCUUCGUUAAACUAAUCCACAUCCCGAUCAAUAAUAUCAUUGUAGGUUCAUAAGAGUUGCGUCCUGAGGCUAUCUUUAAGAUUCCAUAAAGAUACUUCCGUUGUUGUACGUCCCGCCCCAUUCUUAUUUAUAAUAUAAAAAUAUGUACUGAAUUGAUUUCGCGAGUGAGAUAGAUGAGAGAUGUGUGCGUAAUAUUAAUGAAUUUUAUAAUAAAAUGGUUAUCUAAAAAACA